AUGAUGCAGCGCUCGAAUCCCUUCUUUCUCUCCUUGGUUGUCGGCCUCCUGGUUUGCAUAGUACCUCUUACUGCUGCCUUCGCUGUACCGUGGACCACCGAUAACCAAUUCUCUACAACCCAGCGCCAGCAUUCCGCAGAACAUCAAUCGCAUAAGUCACAUAGCAUAUUCCCUAAAUGGACUUGGGUACGAGAUACGGCGAUUGAGAAACUGUUCGGUCUACCUCCAACAGCCAGCCAACCCAGCAACGACAAGCCCACGCGACCAGUCACUUCCCAACUUCCAGCUACCCUUCUUGCGAAAUAUGGAGGAGACGUGGUGCUAAGAUUCAAUUUGAGCUCUGCCGAAGAGGAGACAGCAUUGGCAGAGGCUGCAGAUACGUUGUUUCUGGAUGUUUGGGAAUUUACCAAUAAUUGGGCAGAUAUUCGAUUGAGAGAAGACGAUGUUCCUUCCCUUCUGGGGCUACUUCCAAAGUCGCUACAAAAUGCCUACUCGAACCUGAUGCCCGAUUUGGCCAGGACCAUCUACCAAUCCUACCCUUCUCUAGCCUUCUCCGACUCACAACCACCUUUGAUACGACCCGAUCGUUCCUUUUCCCCUGUUUUGAGAGCAUCAGAUGGAGUUGACAAUAUAUUCUUCCAGGACUACCAACCGUUUUCUGUUUUAGUACCAUGGAUGCGCCUAAUGGCCUCGAUGUUCACUACCCAUGUCCGCAUGAUCAGUAUUGGGACAUCUUAUGAAGGCCGGGAUAUACCAGCACUUCGAGUGGGCGUUUCCCCAAAUCUUCCACAGGAUGAUGAGGAGACCAGGAAGACAAUCAUUAUAUCUGGUGGAUCUCAUGCCCGAGAAUGGAUCUCAGUGAGCACAGUAACAUAUAUUGCCUGGUCUCUGAUCACUUCAUACGGGAAGUCUACAGGGAUUACCAAACUUCUUCAAGAAUUCGAUUUCGUGUUCAUUCCAACUGUCAACCCUGACGGUUACGUUUAUACUUGGGAGAAUGAUCGCUUGUGGCGAAAGAAUCGUCAACAAACUAGUCUCAGGUUUUGUCGAGGACUUGAUCUGGACCGCACCUUUGGAUUUGAGUGGGAUGGGACCACGUACCAGAGUAAUCCUUGCUCAGAAAGCUAUCCAGGAGAUGAACCAUUCCAAGCUGUUGAGUCGCAUCGACUCGCUGAAUGGGCGAAGAAUGAAACAGACAACAAUGGAGUAAAGUUCGUCGGAUUUCUUGAUUUGCAUUCAUACUCACAGCAGGUCUUGUACCCCUACUCGUACUCUUGCAACGCCGAUCCACCAAGCCUGGAGAAUCUGGAGGAAUUGGGCAUGGGACUCGCCAAAGCCAUUCGAAUCUCAAGUGGUGAGCAAUACAGCGUUGCUUCUGCUUGCGAAGGAGCUGUAUCAUCCAGGAAGCUCAAGGGCCAAGGGGGAUAUUCCCGUAUGGAAACUGGUGGUGGAUCUGCAAUAGAUUGGUUUUACCACGAGAUGAAAGUCCGAUACAGCUAUCAGAUCAAGCUUCGGGAUACUGGUAGCUACGGAUUCUUGUUGCCAAAGGACAACAUUGUGCCGACGGGAGAAGAGGCUUUCAAUGCUGUGAAAUACUUUGGUGAUUUCCUGCUUGGGAAUAAAGGGAUUGAAACGACACUAUUCCCUGAGUCCUACCCCGCAGAGCUGCCAGCCGAAGCCUCAGACAGUGCAGAGCAGCUUCUCGAAGUUGAGGAUGAGGUGGAGGAUUACAGCUGGGAGUUGAGACGGAGGAGGAAGUAG